AUGGUAACAAAGAAAAAGGUAGUGUCGGAAGACCAACAAGACGACGAUAAUAAUAAUAACAAUAUUAAUAGUAGUAGUGGUACACCUGCACCACCAGCCGACAUUGAUGCCAGUCAACAACAAGCGACUCCAUCGAAGAGAAACAAGAAGCAGUCUACACCAGAUGUAGCACCUUCAACUACUGCAUCUAGACCAAAGAGGAGAACUAUAGUACUCAGAAAACAACAACCAUCUCCACCAUCAUCGAGUGACAGUGAACAAGAACAACAAGAUAGUGACGUUAGUGCUGCCGAGGAGGAGGAGAUUGAAGAAGAAGAAGAGGAAGACUAUUCUCCAGAAGAAGACAAGAAAAAGAAAAAGAGGGGCAGAGGAAGACCACCAUCAUCAACUCCAACAAAGAAAAAGGCUGCUGCUACUGCCAAGACCACUAAGACCACCAAGACUACCACUACUACUGCCAAACAAACACCAAAGAAACAACAACAACAACAACCAACAACUCCUGCAAAGUCACCAAGCAAGAGAAAGAAAAACUUUAAUAAGCAUCAAGGUUAUUCUAUCAUUGCAAGUUUAUGUAAACCAAAAUCAAACUUGACAAAGAUAGUAGAGCAAUGGAUAAAGGAUUGGGAAUCAGAUGCUGAAAAGUCUAUAUUCUAUUUGGUUAAUUUGAUUGUAGAGGCUGGUGGAGGAGAGGCAUCGAUCACUCAUGAAGAGUUUUCUGAAAAGUCAUUUGAUGAUGCAGCCAAAGACUACAAUGACGCUGUUGAAGACUCUUCCACCUUUCCAAUUGGAGGUAAAAAGGCCAAGGGUUUGCACAACCUCUUUAUCGAGUUCUUUAGAGCCAUCUAUGCCAAGUGUCAGACAUCGAUCUUUUUUGAACACGAGGCCUAUCUCUUGAAUAUGGUUAUCCCAUGGACCAACAAAUUGGGAAUGUUCAAGGUACGAGGUGUCAGAUAUGCCUCUACAUUGGCUGCCAUUCAACUUGCCAACACACUUAUCAAACUAUGGGCUCAGAUCAAACAAGACCUCACACUCACCAGACAGAGAUUGGCCAAGGAAAACAAGGAAUCAGAAUCAUUUGAACAAUACAAGAAAAAUGAACAAUUAUACCAAAGUAAAAAGAAAGUAGUCGAACAACAUCUCAACACCUUGAUCCCACUCAUCAAGACUAGAAUCUCUGACAAUUAUCCAGAAACUCGUAGUAUGUGUAUUUCAUCGGUUACUGAAUGGGCCAAAUCAAUGCCAAUUCAAACACUUUCCCAAUUUGCUCUUGUCAAACAUAAUGAUAAACCUCCAACUGGAAAACCAAUUCUUCAAGAUCUUGGUUAUGCUUUAAAUGAUAGUUCAUUUGAGGUUAGAUUAACAACAAUCAAUGCAUUAAAUGAACUUUAUGGUAAUGAAAAUGCGGAAAUGGAAGAAUUUACAAGUAAAUUCAAAGAGAGAGUGAUUGAAAUGGCAACAUCUGACAAGAAUGUAGAAGUUUGUAUUCAAGCAAUCAAUUUGGUAUCUACAAUGUAUGAAAAAGGAGUAUUGGAGCAAGAGGAAUUGGAUGCAGUCUGUCAAAAUUAUACAGUUGAUAAUGCUCAAUUAUCAAGUGCUACUGGUGCCCUUAUUUAUAAAACUGUAUUAAAGAAAUCUGAAGAUAAAUUAACUACAAAUAAGAAAAAAGAUGUUAGAUAUCCAGUAAGAGAAGAAGAAUUAAAUGCAAUUAUUGAAUUCCUUUCAACCAAAUCAAAGGCUCCAGAAAUCCCAUACUAUCUCGUAUCGGCAAUGUGGGGUCAAGCAGAAAAGAUCUUUACAGAUUGGCCAUUCUUUGUUAAUUUCCUUUCUGAUCUCGAUGAAAAGGAUAUCUCCGAUAAACAAUUAAAUUGUAUUGCCAAAAUCAUCAAUGCCUCUGUUAAAAUAUCUUGUGGUGCAAAUAUUAAAUUAUUCCAUACAGAUAAAGAUCAACAAAAAGACGACCAAGAAGAAGAAAUUGAAGAAGAUGUCUAUGAAAAACCAAAAAAAGAUGUAACAGAUAAUUUCUUACCAAUCAUUCCAGACUUGUUGGGAAAAUACAAGACCAAUUAUGAAUUUUGUGAGAAUAUCAUAGAAAUGACCCAAUACUUUAAGUUGGACAAGUUUGAAGACAUGAGACAACAGACCAAGUAUGAAGAGUUGAUUGUAUCACUCAAAGACAUUUACAUGUUGGCUCCACAACAAUCAUUGCUUGAAACCACUGCAUUCUCUCUACAAUCAUUGUCAAACGUACCAACGCAACUCAAAACCAUUUUUAGAUUAGAAGUGCAAGCCAUCUUUAAUAGUUUGGCACAAUCUGUCCAAAAACUAGAACAAGACUUUGGAGAACAAAACCCAGAUCGUCAAGAAUUGGAUAGUGGCGAGAGACAAUCCAUUCUCUACUCUCUCAUCCUUCAACUCGAGAGAUUGUUUUAUAUUGGAAGAUGGAUAAAGAUUGAUGGUGUAGACAUUCAUCUCGUCAUGCUCCCACUGAUGGAGGGUGUUGUCGGUCAACCAAUCAGAAAUAAUCCAGAGUCUAGAGAAAGAAUCAUUGUCUUGUCAACUCAAAUCUUGUCGCAAUACAUCAUGUGGCUCAUGACAGAAGUUUCUGCCUCUAUCAAUCGUGAAAAUCCACUCAUCGACGAGCUCAAUGAAGAUAUUGUCUUUAUCUUUUAUCAAUUUAUUCAUAGAAUGAAUAAUAUUCUAAACUCUGAUAGUAUUUCAUUUAAUCUUAGACAUUUUACAUUUAAAACAAUGAUUGAAGUUUUGAUUUUAUUUAAUCCAAAUUUAAGAUCAACUCCACUCCAUCUUUAUUCAUUCCAUAUUCCAGAAUCUUCAAGACUAUUAGAAUUAAAUCUAAAGAUUUUAUUUAAAACUUUGAAUACAAAGAUUAUUGAUGAAAUUUCAAAGAGAUUAUCACCAUCUGAAUCAAAUUCUCGUAAAUCCACUACAACACCAAAGAAAAAGAAUCAAAAGAAAAAGAAAACAACCACAUCUGAAGGUGAAGAAAGCGAGGAAGUGUCAGAGGCUGAUAAUGAAGAGAGUGAAAACUCGGGCAAUGAAGAGGAACCAGAAGAAAGCGAACCAGAAGAAGUGAAAACCUUACCAAUUCCAUUCCACAUCACAAAAGAUCCAUGUGGACUGUUGGAUAAAGAGGGAGAAGAACAAAUGCUUGAAUUGAUUGUUUCAUCAAUUCAAGCCAUUCAAUGUGGCCUUUUGCAUUCAAACAACGUAGGUGAUAUCAUCAAGCAAGUUGCUCUCUCACCUGGCCCAGAAUCAAUUGCCACCAUCACUGAAUAUCUCAGCGUCCUCAGAGGUAGAAUCAAAAGAAUGUUGUUGGAAUCGGAAUUGGUUUUCUCUUGCCUCAAGAACUUUUAUUUGGUUUGUAUCGAAAACUGUAAUCAAGAAAUGGAUGAUGAACAACCACAACAACAAGAUGACUCAAAGAAAUCAAAGACUCCUAAAAAGGGUAAAAAGACCACCAAAGGCUCUGACGAAGAAGACGAAAUCGAGAAUGAAAGCGACGAAGAAGAAGGAACCAAAAAGAAAACCAAGCCUCCCAAGUUGACAACCAAGCAAUAUAUGUUUGAUAGACUCAAAGAAUUUUUGGGAUGGUUAUGUACACAAUUUAUCAGAAAAAAUUCCCUUGGAAGUGUCUUUGUCAAAUCUAUGGAAUACUUUUUUGGAACUGAAUCAAACAAUCACGAAGAUCCAGAAAAUCCAGAAUUCCUUAGAGUUGUCAGUUAUAUCAUUCCAAAACUAACUCCAGAUGAAGCUCAAGAAAUUUUGAAAAAGAAAAAGAAAAAAGAAUUUGAAUAUGAUGAAGAAAAUCCUUUAUUUAUAUCAUUGAAUAAUAUUUUCAAGAUGGUAGAAUUGAUUGCAGACUCUGACAAGAAUGAUAAAAAGAAAUUGAAAUUCCAAAAGAGAAAAAAGGAACAAGAAGAGGAAGAAGAUAGUGACAGCGAUGAAGAAAUGGAUGGCGAUCAAUUGAUCAAGAACCUCGUAUCAAUUGAACCAAUAGCUAAACUAGCCUCGCCUUCUCCCAAAAAGAAACAAAAACCUUCAACGCCAUCAAAGAAACAACAACCAAAAAAGAAAAAGAAAGAGCAACAAGAAGAAGAAGAGGAACAAGAGGAAGAGGAACAAGGAAACAAGAAAAAGAAAAAGAAAUCAAAGAGUUCUCCAGAUACAGAGGAACACGACGGUGUCGAAGAAGAGGAACAAGAUGUCAUGGAAGAAUAA